AUGCGGUCGAAUUCCAUCGUGUCGCUCGCUAUUUUGGCGGCGCUACCAUGCGUCAAUGCCAUCACGCUGCACAAACGGGACGAUCCCGCAGUGUUCGGACUCCCGAUCACCCGUCAACGGUCCCAAGCGUUGCAGAAACGUAGUUCUUCAGUCGCUAGCACUUCACUAUACAAUGUGAAUAAUCUCUACUACAUGGUGAACAUCACCCUCGGCACGCCGGCUCAGAACCUCUCCCUCAGUCUGGAUAUCGGCAGCAGUGAUAUCUGGGUGAACGUCCCAAAUUCCACCUACUGUGCGGCGGAUAAUGAUCCCUGCUCGUCGACCGGCUUGUUUAAUUUGAAAGACUCCUCCACCUUCAAAAUGCUCGAUUAUGAAAUGAAUGCCACCUAUGCCGCGGGUAAUUUGGCUGUAGGUCCCUACGCCACCGACACGCUGACGAUUGGUGACGCCACGGUGAAGAAUAUGGAGUUCUCGCUGGCCGAAGAAAGUGCAAAUCCCCAUGGUAUUCUUGGAAUCGGAUAUGCGAUUAGUACUUACGCCGCCGCCAAUCUCGACAAGGAAUACGCCAACCUCCCGGAAGCGCUGGUCAACAGUGGUGCGAUCAAGUCGGCCGCCUAUAGCCUGUGGUUGAAUAAAUUUGAUGAGACUGGAAACAUUCUCUUCGGAGGUGUCAACAAAGCGAGAUAUCAGGGCGAGCUGCAAACCGUGCCUGUUUUGCCGUUAUAUGGCAGGUACUAUUCUCUGGCUAUCGCCUUGACAGAUAUCUCGAUCAAGAGCACCAAGGGCACCAAGAGUUAUGCAACGGGUCUUCCCUUGUCCGUCAGCUUGGAUAACGGAAGCUCUUUCAUCGUGCUGCCCAAAGAGCUCGUGGACCCCAUCUACAAGGAUGUCGGCGCAGGUUACUCCUCGACCGCCGGUGCCGCUUAUAUCCCCUGCGACAUGUCCACGGCCGAUUACAAUGUGACAUUCAGCUUCUCGGGCGCCACGAUCACGAUUCCCAUCAGUGAACUGGUGUUUGACCAUUACACCGAGCCCGGGUUCCCUGAAGGCGACUGUAUCUUCGGACUAUCCUACAGCGAGCCCGGAGUGAAUCUGAUGGGUGACGCAUUCUUGCGUGGCGCCUACGUCGUCUACGAUCUCGCCAAUAACGAGAUCUCGCUUGCCAAUACCAAUUAUGACGGGGGUGACGAUGAAAUUCUUGAGAUCGGUACCGGAACAGCUGCGGUGCCAGGCGCGACGCUGAUGCCCUCCGCGGUCACUUCGGCGACGGGCAAUGGAGCCGAAGCGACUGCCGCGGCCUUGGGCUCUCUGGGAUCUGAAUCGGGUGGAACCACUGUCUACAUCACUGGCACUGGUACUGGGACUGGAACGGCCAGUACUGCGACCGGGACAGCCAACAGUGGGGGCGCCUCUAGCACCUCCUCUAAGGGACUGGCAGCGUUACCCACCAGCAAUCCGAACCAUCUUUUGCCUGGUCUCUUGGGUGCUGGCUUGUUGCUGGCGUUGUAG